AUGCCUCCCGGGAAAGAGUACAUGGCGGAAGGGACAACUUGUAGUUGGGUGGAUUGGAUCAAGACCUGGAGCGACAUAACUGGCGUGCCUGCAUCUUAUCGACAGAUCACUCCCGACGAAAUGAUUGAAUUGACUCCCGAUCGAGACUGUGGCAUCGAGGUAGCAUACAUGUUCUCUUAUAGUACGGACCCUGGAUACGAUGGAGGUAGAGCUCUUCUCACUGCCGCGGACAUUCGCAAGGCAAACUGGUAUCGACUGCCCGAUGACGAGUUGGAAAGAGUGGGCAAGCCGCCAAGAUUGGUCCGUCGUGUUAAACAAGGGUAG